AUGAGUACUCUCACACUCAACCCCCAAACACAUCUAUUACAACAACAACAACAGAUGCAAGCCAUGAAUAAUCAAAAUCUCUUUAAAGGACUUGCCAGGUACGACAGACAGGACAAGCUCGGAGAAGGUACCUAUGGUGUUGUUUAUAGAGCCAUUGAUUUGACGAAUAAUUCAGUGGUCGCUUUAAAGAAGAUUCGUCUUGAGCACGAAGAUGAAGGAGUACCAAGUACCUCGAUUCGAGAAAUCUCUUUACUGAAGGAGAUGCACCAUCCAAAUGUUGUAAAUCUAAUUGAAGUGAUCCAUGGAGAUGAUAAUUUGCAUCUCGUCUUUGAAUUUAUUGAAUUGGAUUUAAAGAAGUUUAUGAACGAAUAUAAGAGAACUGAAGGCGAAAAGAAGAAGAGAAUUCCAAUUCCUAUGAGCUUGAUCAAGUCAUGUCUCUAUCAAAUUUUAAAGGGAAUUGCUUUUUGCCAUUCAGCUCGAAUCAUCCACAGAGAUUUGAAGCCACAAAACAUUCUCGUCCAAAAAACAAGAGACAAUGAUUUGAUGCUCAAGCUUGCUGACUUUGGAUUGGCUCGUGCAUUCCAAUUACCUUGUGGUAAACUUACCCAUGAAGUUGUGACCUUGUGGUACAGAGCUCCUGAAAUCUUAUUAGGAAGUGAAAGAUAUUCAACACCUGUAGAUAUUUGGUCGAUUGGUUGUAUCUUUGCAGAAUUGGUGAAUGGUACACCUCUCUUCCCAGCAGACUCUGAAAUUGACAUGUUGUUCAAGAUCUUCCAAACUUUGGGAACUCCAAACGAAGAGAUGUGGCCUGGUGUCAGCCAAUUGAAGAACUUUGCUAGCUUCAACAACAAGUUCCCCAAGUGGAAAGGUAAUCACUUGCAAGCAAUUUGCAACAGAUUAGAUGACACUGGUGUAGAUCUAUUGACGAGAAUGCUCGAAUAUCAACCAAGCAAGAGAAUUUCAGCAAAGGAAGCUCUCAAACAUCCUUUUUUUGACGAUUUGGAUAAGUCCAAGUAUUAA